UAUGUCUUGUGCAAUCCGAGCAAGGCGAGUGUCAGUCAAAUGCUACGCCACCAACCUUACGCUGCGUAGCCACAGGUUUUCAGCGUUUCUGCCAGUAUUGACAGCUCAAUCUCGAGGCAUCUUGGACAAAACUGCUUCACCCUGCAUACCAACACAGGCUACCUGACCAACCUACCGACUUUGAAAUACUUGACACAGUACAGAUACUGAGAUAGUGGCAGUACUCACGCGAACGCGCACCGGUGUGCUCUUUUUGAAAUUUUUCAGACGAAGAGCCGGAGAGCAGAGCAGGUUUAGUCACUUCAACUCUCGAGGGCGUUCAGCGUCGAUCAUCCUUCAUAACCACGCUGGUACAGCGCUAGCUGAAAUCUUCGUCAGAGCCCUCUCUAACAGUAACAAGUGUGUCAAUGCUCUUCCAAAAGCAGACGAGUCUCAGUUACACCAACUACAUAGCCAACCUAGUGUCGUGAAAGUAGCAGUUAGUUCGAACGACGAGCGUUUUCGUGUGAGCCUUUCGUCCACUCCCGAUGAGUAGUCACCAUCGCUCCACACGAUGGACCGGUGUUGCCGGUAGUGGACGUUCAUCCACUAGCUCGUUAUUGACAUCCGAUCCUUCGGGAAACAAGCCAGGCGCCACUGGCCCUGGCAGCAGCAGGGGUGCCCCCAGUGCCAGCAACUACAGACCCGCUGCUGCUAAACUCUACGUUUCGUCUUCGGCGUCCUCUAGUCCUCGCACGCAACAGCGCUAUCAGCAGCAGAUAGCGAACAGUGUCGCUAGUAGCGGACCCCCAACCCACCUCCAUUUUCACAACCAACAGCAGCAGAACGCUCAAACCGUCGUCACAGUCCACGGCAGCAGCAGCAGCAGCAGCGCUCACAGAGUCAGUACGUCUGCGCCUGGCAGUACAGUUGCCUCUCGUGCAGGUACGCUGAAUUCCUCUUCAGCAAAUAGCAAUUACUCCGCUUCCGGCGCAGACGGGCAAGUAGUAGGCGAGGUGUCUUCAAGGGGAGGGAAUCGAACACAAGAUUUUACGCAGUCCAGUGCACGAGGUGACCUAUCCUCGACCACCGCGGACGGACCCGGUUUGGAUGGGUACCGCAACGACCAACUGGUGGCGUUCCCAGCGGCUAUAGGGGACGAAAUAGAAUUUCGCGGCGGCUCCGCAAGCGCUGGUCAUCGGAGCACAUCUCGCGCAUCUUCAUCCGCUGCAACUCCGGACCUCCGCGGUGCUCGCGACGAUCAGCGACACCAGCAUCAAGAAGGCGCAGCGGACAGUGCCUCUCCUGAGCUCACAGAGAGCGGUCAGGAAUCUCCUCUGCGCCGUGGUCCAAGCUCCGCAGCGCUCGCCUCACGCCGUCUAGCGGACGCACUGGAGAACGACGAAGUGGGAGCGCUGUACAACACAUAUCGCGACGAGUGGUCUCCCGAACCUAUAAAUACUGCUGUGGAUCCGUCCAAGCCUAUGCAACAGAAGCACCGACCUGCCAGCGCAGCGUCAGUUCUACCCUUGUCCGAAGCUCACCGAGGCACAACUAGUAACGUUACUUACUUUUCAGACGAGCAGGAACCGUCCUCAGCACCAGAAGCAGCACCGGUUGGCGGUCAACCUCACGGCUCACAGCUGCCUGGGAUCAGCGAAUCGGGCAGUGUGGUGGAUUUGGAUGCUCCGCCGCCCCGACCUCCUCCGCCGUCGGAGAGCGCCAUAUCAUCGCCAGCUUCUGUUGCAGCUGGUGGCCCCAGUAGCACAGUCAGUGCUGUGAACAACAACAGUACUGUCAGUAGCAGCGUUAGUAUUUCUACAGCUGCCAGUGGAAACAGUAGCAACACUACCACCACCAGUAGCAGCACCAAUAACAACAGCAGCAGCGGUAACGGUAGCAGUACAGUGUUUAGCAGUACAACCAUUCCCAUCGCCAGUGGUGGCGAGAAUAUCAAAACGUCGGGUGCCAGUCGCCAGUUCCAGGGCCCGACGUCGCGCAACCGUCGCCCCUUGCUCAGCACCGAUAGUGGUGUACUACAGGAACUAGGAGAGACGCACGGAAGCACCGCCACCACCACCACCGCCGCCGUGAUGAACGGCUCGGUUGCCACGGGAACAGGCCAUGCUGCCAUGGUGACGCCGCCGCAGUCGGUUGCCAAGACCGAGUCGGCGUACAGCGAGUCGUUUGUUGGCAAUCGGGUGCCGGUGAACGGGCUGAAGCACAUCUCCCGCAGUACACAGCCCAGCAGCAUCACGGCUGCCAGCACUGUCAUCUCGGUCAACACCGGCUUGGAGCAGAGGCUGAUGGAUCGCAGCGCCAGCAACACGCCGUUGUCGCAGACGAGGAACUUCACGACGUUCACCGGCGGCUCUGGCGCGUCCACCGUCGGAUACGCAUCCAACGGCUUAGCGCCAACUGCUGCUAGCAACACCACCGCGGUCGCCAAUGAAGAUGGCCCGUCUCCCACGGUUUCCAUGGCGAGAUCGUACGGCAGUCGGCAAGCUAUCGCGGCAAUGCGCCAGUCUGGAUCCAGCACACCUCGCUACAUCGCCUCCGGCGAACGCACCUCUCCGCCGGAGGACAUGUACUACGAGAACACGGACGAGUAUCCGAGCGAGGCCAACGGUGGAACGAUGCAAAGCGGCGGCAACGCCACGAGUGCUGUCGCUGCGAACAACAGUACAGCAGCAGCUGGCCUGGUUCCUGGCACGACCCACCCAGGCCCACUGGAUAAGCAAGUCAGUGAAACAGGCACGCAAGGUAGUAACAACUCGGACCUCCCGCCGCCACCCUCCGCGGCCAGCCAAGACAACUUGCUCGCCGAUGCCAGCGCAAUGACAAACGACCCGAUGAGUCAGCAUCGACACGAGGGCUCCGUCGGCGAGGCCGGUUCUGUGACGCUGGACGUUCUGCCCCGCGGGGCCAGCCCGCUAAAUCAGGGUCCCGGUGGCACAACGCCGCAGCCGGCCCGUGGAAUGACACCGCCAAUGACGCACACACGCCAUGAGUCUGCACCCGUCGGCGGUCGUCCCCAAGCCAGCACACCCACCGGCGGCUCUGCAGUGCAUCACCGUGUCUCCAGCCAGCCGUCCAGCGCUGCAAUGCAUCACGGCAUCACGCCGACACGGUCCACCACGUCGACCGGCGGCGGCGGCGGUGGUGUUCCCCGAUCGCCGUGGCAACGCAAGCACCUGUACCGCCUGUGCCAGUCGAGCGGCUCGCAGAGUCCGCUGCUGCAUAGCAUUCCGCCGAGGUCGCUGGAUCGCCUCGGCCUGUUCCUGAACCGCUUUCUGUACCGCGUGAUGUGCCAGGCACGAUCGUUAUCAAAUUCCAUACAGUACUGUAGCCAUCAUGAAGUUCUCACGGCUAUAAUGCUGGUUGCACCGGCCAGUAUUGCCGAAGGUUGCAUUGCGGCAGCUAUCAAGGCUCGGCUAGCCUACACAGUGUCGGCCAACACGGCCCGCUCGCGCACAUCCAAGAGCCACCGCUGUGACCUGGUACUGCCCGUGUCACGCAUACAUCAGUGGCUGCACAUCAUGCAGGUGGCCGCGGUCAUAUCGGACUGCGCUGCCGUGUAUCUAACCGCCGCCACGGAGCACCUUGGCCAGCAGAUCAUCGGCCGGGUCAUAGCCGAGAGUGGCCGGAGUCCCACUGCCGGCCUGCGCGGAUCCAUAGCCGAAGAAUCGCGCGAGUCGACGCCAGUAUCGCUAUCUAAUGCAUCCACUGCUGAUAGCCGAGUGCCGCUGCGUGAUGCUCUGCAAGCAACACAGGUACUGAGUGUUGACACACUGGACUAUGCAGUCAGUUGUUCACCUGAGAUCUGGUCUAUCGUGCAACAGCAUCCGUUUCUUGUCACCCCCAAGGCCGUGCCCAUCUCGAACAGCCCGUCGUCCAUGUCGCAGCUCGGUCACGCGCUCGGAGAAGUCAGACACCCGUGGGAAUCCAGCAUGCAGUCGCUGAGCCUAUCUUCAUCUGACCGUGACUCGUGGAAAGCUAACCAGCACCCACGCGCACCGUCGGCAGCGUCAAAUACGACUGAUUCCACUACUUCUUCAGCCGUCGGUAGUCCUGGUCACCAGAGCGGCCGCGCAUCAGCAACUCGACUGAACUCCCUGCAGUCUAGUGGUGAUCUGUUUAGGUUCCCGUCGGCCUCGGUUGCAGCAGUCGAGUCCAAGGACAAGCUUUGGGAUUUGAUUGAACAGACGUACGUGGAGCUGAAGUCACCCGGUGAUCAGGGGAUGUCCCCUUACAUUCACUCCCCACUGCCACGUCGUCGCAGCAUGCAACCCUCCGGAGCGUCGUCGGUAAUCCUGCCCUCGCAGCCCAGCUUCAUGCAGGGAAAGCUACCGGCGUGGAGUCGCGCCGGCGUCGAUGCUCUCUUCCACUUUGUCUCGUCGCGGCGAUUCACCGGCGCUGCCUACGAUCAGCAGAUGCUGCUCUUUUCGUCCUACGUGAAAGCAAGCAAGACCCUGCCAUCCGUGGUGGACUGGAUUCGCUUGUCGGCAAUGUACGCGCAGUAUCGCUGUUGCCCUCUAGUGGACAAGGAGGACGUCAUGCUGGCUGCAGAGCUGCUGCUUCCCGGCAUCGUGACACCGUCAUUUGCUCUCAGGCCCUUUGCAGGAUGGCAUCAUGUUCCAGUUGAUGAACAGGGUGCUGAUCAUGCCGAGCUGGCCCUGUGUCGACUCAAGACCGAUGAACUGUUCGUGUCUAUUCGCGAUGCGCCCAUGGAGUCCGUACCACACCUGCUCAAGCUCUACAGCGACAAUGUGAUGGUGCGAAACUCACAGGGUCUAACGCUACUUAUGGUGGCGUGUAUGGAUGGAAACGAAGCUCAAGCCGAAUACCUAGCCAUUCACAAGCCGGAUCAGCUGAACGUUUCGGUUCCUCGGCCCAGCCGCACCAGCCCAGCUGCCAUGCCGACACUCCGGGGAUGGACAGCUCUUCAUUUCGCCGUUGCAAAGAGGCAGGUGAACAUCGUCAAGUGUCUGCUGUCGGCUGGCGCGGACGUCGAAGGCUGCGUGCAGGAGAUGUAUUUGUCGCAGGACGUCGGAGCAGCGGCCACUCACUCCCCCUUGCAGCUGGCAUGCGCAGCUGGCUAUGUUAGUAUUGUCGAUCUACUACUGGACUUCAAGGCCGACCCGUUCCUUGCGCCACCCCAGCAGAGAAUGCAGCACGACACGACUAGUGCUUUCUUGUCAUGUGCGUUUGCCAUGGCUGCCAUACACGGGCAGCAGGAUACCAUGACUGCGUUGCUCUCCCGACCGAUUCACAGUACGGCACAGGACAAGAUCAGCCUCGCUGAUGUGCUUGCUGAAGCUGAUGGAGCUCAAUCGGGUGAGGACAGUCUUCGGCAACUGCGGUCACGUGCAAUGCAGGAGUCGCUGUUCCUAGCAGCAGAACAUGGCCACAUUGACCUGACUCUGCAGUUAAGACAGUAUGGCAUUCCAUGGACAUUGCAUAGCUGGGGAGAGGCAGUGGAUGCGGCCUACCACAACCCGGUCCGUGGACAGCAGCUGCAGCAACUGCUGAUGGACUUCAACACCGUGAUGGACACGGAGAUGUCGUCUUCGUUCUGUAACGACACACUGCCACUGCUCUUCUCUCUGCUCAGGCAGAACGUUGAAAUGUGCCAUCAAGUAGCUGUAGUACUGCAGACAUGCUAUGGACCUCGGUCAAUACCGACAAUGGCUGUUGUGCAGCCUAUGCCAAGUGGCACAAGCCAACUAGAUGUGAGCUGGGUGAACAAUGCAGAGAUGGCGGACAUCAUUUUUAUCACCGAGGGACGUCAGUUCUUUGCGCAUCGCAUCAUGUUGCUGAAGGCAUCCAGCAGAUUCCAGGCUCUGCUGUCAGCGUCUCCAGUCAACCAGGCAGGAGCCAUGACCAUCAACCUACCGGCUAACAUUCCCUUCACUGUUCUGGAGAUUACCAUACGCUAUAUCUACACGGGUGGAGUGUCGCUGGAUAUUCCCAAGCACGUUGUCGUGCAAGACCUAUUGAACGCGGCUCGCUUCUUUGAGCUGUGGCGUCUGCACCAGCACUGUGAGGUCCUGGCGGGGAACACGCUCGGUCCGGACAAUGUCUGCGAACUCUACACGUUCACAAAGACCCACGAUGCACCAAUCCUGAAAGAGGCAUGCGAAGGUUUCUUCCUGGCACAUCUUACGCAAGUGUGCCGCAAGCCACCGUUCAGAAAGCUGCUGGCCGAGAAUGGGAAAGAGUUCAUUGAGAUGCUGAGGUCGCAGGUAGUCGGUCGCCUACGCCAGCGCGGCCGUAAUCAGCAGCAGAUGGCCUUCAUCACGGCAUGUUGAGAACUCUGCCGCCCUGAGGCACGCAUAGCAAGUUCCCGUAGACUGACUGUUCAUAUUACUAGUCGAGUAUUGAUUUCUAAUUUCUUUGCAUUUUGAUACUGCGCUGCUAUGGAUGACCACCCCCCCCCCCCCCCCCCACACACACACAUACACACACAUACAGUCAUGUAGAUACACGAUGCAAGAAAGACAGUGCUAGAACUAUUUCUUUUACAGCGAUAACUCUAUGUGCUGCCGCGUCAAGGCUGUGGAUACAUGUCUCGACGGUGUUUGUAGUGUACAAGGACUGCUCAAUGGCAUACUAUAAAUAUAUAUUGCUCUGUUCUGUUGCAAAGCUCUGCUGCUCCACUCGUGCUUUUGUUCUGGCAUGCAUGGAGAGCCAGCAUGGCAAUCUCAGCAGUGUGCUGCUCUAUGAUAUUGGUCUUCUUCUUGAUACGCGUCAUGCAUGUCGAUUGUUGAUAGUGAUAUUCCUCUGUCUUACUACCGAAUACAUGGCCUGGUUGAAUCGUUACGUCGCUCCAUUCCUGAGUUUUGAUACUAUUUUUUUUCCUAUCUCCACGUUAAAAUGUAGCGCACAACAGCAGGCAACCAUCUCCAGUUGAAUGUUCGCGAUUCAUCUCUCUUCUGUUUGCUGCUGAUAUAUUUGAAGUAGCAGUUUUCUUCUGUGACUUUACGUUUUGUACAUACAUGUACACAUCCCUGUGUGGGAACAUGUCCUCAACUAACUUGUUCCUGCGUUGCAUUCUAGUGCAUAUCAUAUUAUUAUACAGA